AUGAUCAGGAAAGUGGCAGUAAUCGGUGGAGGGCCAGCUGGUCUUACGACCGUUUACAAUUUCCUCAAGGUUAACAAAGACAGCGAUUUGGCGGUGCAAUGCGUUGGUUUUGAAGCCAAAUCCAAAUUGGGAGGAGUUUGGAGCGACACUCCCGGGAGCAAUCUUGAUACACAUCCAAUGAUUUUUGAGAAGCUGGGAUCUCUACGAGACGAACGCACAGCAGCCGAUUCGAGGGCGUUGUUUUAUGAAGGCACUCCGCUGGCCGGCAUUGACGGUGGAGAGGUUAAUCUGAGUGGCCUAUCUGGGUCUUCGUCCUCGAAACCUGUGAAACUGGCAAGAAAGAGCGGAUUGACUAGGGAUGGAAUAUAUUUCAGCGAUAAAACUGGCCUCUACGAUGAUUUUAUGAGUAACGUUCCUGAGGACUUGAUGAGAUACGAGGAUGAUAUAAAUGAUUAUGGUCAAAAUGCAUGCGCCCGCAAUGACAGAAUUGCCCCAUUGACAGAUCUUCCUAGCAUUAAAUACCAUUUGGACAAUUUCAUUUCGAAAAACGAUUUGGAAGAGAAUUAUCGAAUGAACACAAGCGUUGAAUAUGUGGACAAGACAGGUGCCAGUAAGUGGAUGGUAGUGGCGAAGAGAUCUGUACCCGAGAAUGAUUAUGACGAAUGGUACAUUGAAUAUUUCGAUGCGGUUGUUGUUGCCAGCGGACACUUUCAAAUACCGUACAUACCCUUCUUCAUGAGCAAACCAGAGGGCAGAGGAGCUGCAGAAACUGCGAUCCAUCGUUUCAAUCAGAAAUAUCCCGGAACUCUGGUUCAUGUCAAGGAUAUUGAUAUCUGGUAUCAUAAGGUUUUGCCAAGCUUCGAAAAGACCAGCCGGUACCGCCGCAUCAUCAUCGUGGGUAAAAGCUUCAGUUGCAUGGACGUCCUGAAAAGAAUUAUACAUUUGAAGAAGUCAAUGAGCCUGGAAAUCUUCAUCUCCACGGACGUGCCUCCUAUGCCAGAAAACACAGCCAAUCCAUUCUACUGGUUCGACGAAUGGCUGGCGGAAACGCAGCAAGUGGUUGUCAAGCCACAAAUCACCGAGUUUGUGAGCCAAACUACACCAACUCUAAGAUUCGCUGACGGCUCCGAACUUGGUGGGGUGGACUGCGUCAUAUUCGCCACUGGUUAUCUCUAUGGCUUCCCAUUCCUCUCGUCCAGGUUGUUGGAUGAAUGUCGAAUUUCGAUCACUCCUGACCCACGAAAUACCGACAAUCAACCGUCCAAUAUAUCGCGAGUUUCCGGCCUCUAUCUCCAUACUUUUUCAAUUGCAGAUCCAACGUUGACGUUUCCUGGAGUAUCAAGCAAUGCAAACUUUCAAUCGUUUCACAUAUCUGCCAAAGCUAUCGUGGGAGCUUACCACCGUUUUAACACGCUAUCCCAGCAACAGAAUCCCACUGAUGCGCCCUAUUACGAUUCUAUCUGGCGUCAGAUACUGCCCUCAUUGGACGAUCAAUUGGUCUGGUCAAAAAAAAGGCUGGCCAAGACCGGAAAUACUGGAGCCUACCACUUCUACUACCCACUACCACUGCUAAUCGAGGGCUGGGAAAAGCCUUGUGAGGCCGUUUUUCCAUUUGGUCAAGAUGCCAAGAAUUUGUUUCCUCCCAAUGCUCCACAGCUAUCGACGGACGGAAUCGCCAAACUACGGGACAUAUUCCUCGAGGUGAUGGAGCAGUGA